AUGGGAGCCCUGCGGCUGCUGGCGGUAUCUCUCGCCUGCUGCUGGUGGCCGCCGGGCAGCCAGGGUAAGACCCUGCGGGGCAGCUUCAGCAGCGCCGCGGCCCGAGACGCUCAGGGCCAGAGCAUCGGCCACUUCGAGUUCCACGGUGACCAUGCUCUUCUGUGUGUCAGAAUCAACAACAUAGCAGUAGCUGUUGGAAAAGAAGCUAAACUCUACCUGUUCCAAGCCCAGGAAUGGCUAAAGCUACAGGAGAGCAGUCAUGGUUAUAGUUGUGGUGAAAAAUUAUCCAAAGCUCAGUUGACAAUGACCAUGAAUCAGACUGAACAUAAUCUGACCAUGUCCCAGAUUCCAUAUCCACAAACAUGGCACGUGUUUUAUGCAGACAAGUAUACGUGCGAAGAUGACAAUGAGAAUUCUCAGGCGGAAGAUAUCCCAUUUGAAAUGAUGUUACUAAACCCGGAUGCCGAAGGGAAUCCAUUUGAUCAUUUUAGUGCUGGAGAAUCUGGGUUACAUGAGUUCUUUUUCCUCCUAGUCCUGGUGUACUUUGUGCUUGCUUGCAUUUAUGCUCAGACGUUGUGGCAGGCUAUCAGGAAAGGAGGGCCCAUGCACGUGAUCCUCAAGGUUCUGACAACCGCGCUGCUACUGCAGGCCGCCUCGGCUUUAGCUAAUUAUAUUCAUUUCUCCAGUUACUCCAAAGAUGGAAUAGGGAUACCUUUUAUGGGAACUUUGGCAGAAUUUUUUGACAUUGCGUCCCAAAUUCAAAUGUUAUACCUGCUUCUGAGUCUGUGCAUGGGUUGGACGAUAGUCAGAAUGAAGAAGUCUCAAAGCAGGCCUCUCCAGUGGGAUUCAACUCCCGCAUCCACAGGCAUUGCGGUAUUCAUUGUCGUGACACAGAGUAUUUUGCUGCUAUGGGAACAGUUCGAAGAUACCAGUCCUCACAGCUACCAUUCACAUCACAACUUAGCAGGGAUCUUGCUAAUCAUUUUAAGGAUUUGCCUAGCAUUGUCAUUAGGCUGUGGACUCUACCAGAUCAUCACAGUGGAGAGAAGCACACUCAAAAGGGAGUUUUACAUCACGUUUGCCAAAGGCUGUAUCUUAUGGUUUUUAUGCCAUCCAGGUCUUGCAUGUAUUUCUGUCAUUUUUAGUGACUACCAAAGAGAUAAGGUUGUUACAAUAGGUGUUAUCCUUUGCCAGUCUGUUUCCAUGGUUAUUCUCUACAGACUCUUUCUGUCCCACAGUCUAUACUGGGAAGUUUCUUCACUUUCUUCAGUAACACUACCACUGACCAUAUCAUCUGGACACAAAAGUCGGCCUCACUUCUGAUACUUGAUUUUCUUUAAAGGAAAAGUGAAUUGAUUUCAGAGUGCAAUAAGGAUCCAAAUACAGUGACUUUUUUUUUUCAUACUUUUGGUAUGAAAAACUGAACCCAGAAGGCAGAGCAUGAUAUUUAUACAGCUGCAUUUAAGCAGUAGCAAACUUCUUCAAAGGUAAAAAGGUAAUAAAUGAAAUGUUUUGAAAUACACUUAAUAAACUUUCAAGAAAGUGUGUUGUUCUAAGGUGACUUAUGCAAUUUCUCUGUGGAAAUUAAGAUGAAAAAGAAUUACAUGAUAUUUGGUAAAAGAUUCACCACUUGUAAUGCUUCAUCUUGUAUCAGUAGGUAACUCAGGUUUGAUAGUCUUAUGCAAAGUAAUCAGUUAAAUGAUUACUUGCUUGUACAUAUCUAAACUAACUCCAAUGACAAAAUCAGUGUAAUGCACUGGUUAAAAACUGCUUCUUUUUAUGCUUUAAGGAAAAUGCAUUUCAUAUUGGAGUUUAAAGGAAUUAAAAAUGAAAUUACUUCAGAAUGUGAAUAUAAAAUGUAUUUAUAGCUAAACGAGUAAGUUUUUCUUUAUUUGUGUGUAGGGUUCUUCUCUAUCUUCUAUCACUUUUUGGCUUGAUUAGCAAAAGGUUUUUGACAUACAAUUUAUGAAAAAUAAAGCUUAGAUACAUUA